AUGCGUAUAUACCUAUGCCAGGUUCGUGAACGAACAGACGGAUCGCUGUAUAUCGAACGUAACCGCGAGGCUUCAACUGAACAUGACUACAUCGCCAUCUCCCACGUCUGGGGCUCUCCCGACACCAUCCAGGCAGUCAAAGUCGACGGAAUAGACGAACCAGUUUCCCUCAGCCCAGGGAAAUUCGACAUCCUAACAAUCCUCCGCCGUCCCGAUGUAUGCGGAGAUACCUGGUUCUGGAUGGACCUCUUCUGUCUGGAUCAAACCCCAAACGCCACCAUACCCAUGAGUGAUCAACUGGCCUCAAUUCCCACAAUCUAUAAGCGCAGUCGUUGCGUCAAGGUCCUCAUCGAGUCCCCCAUAUGUCGCGAUUGGACAGCAACGGUAGCACAAGCAGAUACACGCCAGACAGACCCAGAUACAUUUGAAGAACUUGAGCUGCAUCAUGCGAGAAAGUGCAGACUCAUGUUAUUUGCAGACCCUUGGUUUGACAGACUGUGGACGAGACAGGAGGGGCUAACCAAUCUAGGCGACAUCGACAAAUGGGUGUCGGAAGGGGAAAACGCUGAUCAGAGAGAGGCUGUGUACACUUUCUUGUACGAUAAACUGCAAUAUCAUGGUAACAUCAAACCGGACAGUGGAACGAAAUUCCAGGCAUAUCUGGAUCUGGCGUACAGAGGCGAACUAGACAUGAAAAACUAUCAAACCAUCUCGGCUGGGGAAAAGUCGCUGUACUCGCCAAUCGACAGCGCUUGGAGGAGUGGGAGGACGACGACGAAAGCCCGAGACUAUGUCCUCGCUGUAUUUCCUGAUCUGGAAGGAUAUACCGUCCCGACUGAUGCAAGGAAGCUUUCCUUUGCAGAAUUACUAGAGGAUGCACUACAACAACUCCAGCAUUCGAAACAUUCAGCCAAGGCAGCAGCGAAAGUUACCAAAGGAACUGUGGAAACAAAUGACAUAGCUGAUACCUCUAUACAGCCCUUCAUCCCCGCCACUCCAGCCAACAUCACAGAAGCCUACGACACAUUCCACCUCCUCAAGCGCCUCCCCGCCCUCGACCCCACACCCCAAAAACCCCUAACCUGCUCUGGCGAAAACCUGCACGUUAUCGCCCAAAACCUCACCCUCACCACCACCAUCCCCCUCACUAAACCCAACCUCGCCGAUCUCGUAGCUCUCUGGGAGUCCUCGGCAAACAUAACCAGCCAGCUCCUCGCGUGUCCGCAAUCCAGCCCCGCCACCGCAACGCGGGUCUUGAAAUCCGAACAAGACCUCUGUUACCGCAGUUUCGCCCUCAGCUUCUGCCAGUCGACAGUGCGGAAAUGGGCGGUUGAGAAGAACCUGCCGCAUGGGUUUGUCCACGGCGUUGUUGAUGCUGAUAAAUUGACGGGCGUUACGGAGCAGCAGUAUGGGGUUUAUCUAGCGAGGUUUAUGGGGGUUGGUGUUAUUGAGUAG